AUGAAAAUUCAAACAACUAUAUUAUUCAUUUUUAUUUAUUGUUAUUUUGUAAAUGCAGACAAUUUAGUUGCACUUGAAGUUGAUACAACAUCAGUUUCAGUAAGAACUUUUCAAUAUAACGGGGCAGAUGGGUCAUCAAUUUUCCCAGGUAAAAAUUUAGUUAAAAUAGCAGGAGCACAACCAUUUAGAGUUUCGGCCUAUGAAGAAUCAUAUAUAGUUUCAGCUAUUAAAGGAUGGGAUUAUUAUGUUAUACUUGCAAAUGGACAAGAUACAUUACUUUAUGGAAUUGAUUUACAAACUGGUGAAAUUUUUAUUAAUGGUUAUUCACCAAAUAAACAAAUUUUAUAUAUUUAUGGUUUAACAUAUGAUUUAAAAUCUAAUCAAUUAAUAGCAGUUUCCUCAAUGGAAUAUGAGGCAGGAGAUCCAUAUUUUGAUGUUGUUUUAGUUGACCCAAAUACAGGUGAAAUUUCCCAAAAUUUAACAAUACAAAAUUCAUAUCCAAAUAAUACAUGGUAUUCUGGUCUUUAUACAUCAAGUCAAAGUCAAUCACAAUUAUAUAUUUUAUUCCAAAGUAUGGAUGAAAAAACCAAUAAUACAAUUAGUGGCUUUACAACUAUUAAUACUAUUGAUGGUACAUUUGUAAAUAAUGUUUGGAUAAAUUCAGAUAAUAAUUUUAUCUAUAGUUUUGUAUUUGAUGAAACUAGUGGUAUGAUAUUAGCAACAAUGUCACAAUAUAAUGGUAAAAAUCUUGAUUUUAUUUCAAUCAAUCCAACAAAUGGUGAUUAUACAGUUAUUAGUAGUGAUCAAGUUUGUGCUGGCUCUGGUCCUGUUAUUAUUGAUGGUGUUUUCUUAGCACCUGGUAAAGAACCUAAACCAAGUCAUACAGUUUCUUUAGUUGAUACUAAUUCUGGUAAAAUUAUUAAAGAAUAUUUAGAUAUUUUUAUUGAUAUUUCUUAUUUAAAUUCUUAUUAA